CAACGCCAACUCUCUCUCUCUCCUCUACCCACCUCUCCGGUCAGAGCAGACAGAAGGGCACACAGCCUCCACCUGUAUCUCCACCUCCACCUCCUUUUUCUCUCAUCAUGAACCUCAGUCGAAUGUCCAUGUCGGGAGGAGCCUCGGGACGCAGCAUGUACGGCGGGGCGGGAGAUGUCCGCAUCUCGAGCGUAUCCCGUUCAUUCUCCUCCGGCGGUGGUGGCGGCGGCGGUAGCUCCUUUUCCUCAUAUGGAGGAGGUGGCGGAGGUGGCGGAGGCUUCGGCGGUGGCGGCGGUUUCGGAGGUGGCGGUGGCGGCGGGUUUGGCGGUGGCUAUGGCGGUGGCUACGGCGGUGGCGCCGGGUUCGGCGGUGGCGGUGGCGGUGGCGGUGGAGGUUUCGGCGGUGGGGACGAUAGCGUCAUGGGCAACGAGAAGGGCACCAUGCAGAACCUGAACGACCGCCUGGCCACCUACCUGAAGAAGGUGUCCGACCUGCAGCAGGCCAACUCUGAGCUGGAGCUGAAGAUCCACGGCUUCGUGGACAGCAAGUCCGGUCCCACCACCCGGGACUACAGUGCCUUCUUCGUCAUCAUCAAGGAACUGCAAGACAAGAUCUUGGAUGCCAUCAGCGCGAGAGCCACAGUCAUCCUUAGCCUUGACAACGCCAAGCUGGCCGCGGACGACUUCAGGGUCAAAUAUGAGAAUGAACUGGGAAUGCGUCAAUCGGUGGAGGCAGACAUCGCUGGUCUGAGGAUGCUGAUGAACGAGCUGGGCAUGGCCAAGACGGACCUCACUAUGCAGAUAGAGAGUCUGACGGAGGAGCUUGCCUACAUGAAGAAGAACCACGAGGAGGACCUCCUGUCAGCACGUGCCCAGAUGAGUGGGCAGGUGAACGUUGAGGUGAACGCCGCGCCCCAGGUCGACCUGACCGCCAUCCUGGACGAUCUCAGAGAGCAGUACGAGGCGUCGGCCGCGAAGAGCAGGAAGGAACUGGAGGCUUGGUUCCAGGCCAAGAGCGAAGCCAUCAAUGUGGAGGUAGCAGAAGCUGAAAUGACCGUGAAGACCACCAGCUCAGAGAUGAAGGACGUAAAGAGCAGUCUGCAGGCUCUGGAGAUUGAGCUCCAGUCACAGCUCAGCAUGAAAGCAUCUCUAGAAGCAUCUCUGGCAGACGUCCAGAACCGUUACGGCAUGCGACUGGCCGGCUACCAGAACCAGGUGACCAGCAUGGAAGAACAGCUGGUGCAGCUCAGAGGUGACCUGGAGCGCCAGGGGCAGGAGUACCAGAUGCUGCUGGAUAUCAAGAGCAGACUGGAGAUGGAGAUCGCCGAGUACAGGAGGCUUCUGGACGGAGAGGGCAGCAUUGGCAUGAGCAAAUCAUCGUCCUCGAUGUCCUCCUCCUCCGGGGGAAUGUCCUCCUCCUCCUCCUCCUCCACCACCAAGACGACCACCGUGGUGAAGAUCAUCGAGGAGGUGGUCGGAUAAACCGUUGGCCUCAGCAAUCGGAGAAGACUGGGAGUCACAUCUCGUCCAACAACACCCACCCCCCCCCACCCCCCCUUUCUCUAUCUACUCAUGGAUCUCUUUACUACUGUCUGUCAGAUUCAACAGAUUAUUACCUUGUGCUUCCUUCACACUGAAACACCUUCAAUUGGGGCAACAUGUCUACUACGUGAUAACCUCUGUCUGGUAGAUGGUUGGAAAAAAUAAAGCAAACUAUAAGCAAUU